AUGGCCACCUGCGUGUUUCUCCAGGGGCUUCUCCUGCUCCUGCUGCCCACGCCCACCCCUGCCCCCUGCUACAGCUUCGCACACUCUGAAUGCAAAAAACACAUGACUUUCGUGCCCGGCUCGUGGCUGGCAGGGGAGGGAGUGGACGUGACCAAUCUCCAGCGCUCAGGUGCCUUCCCAGUGGACACGGCGCGCUACCAGCGGCCAGACGGCACCUGCACCCUCUGCAGGAACAGUCUGCAGGACAACAAGCUGCAGCUCCUGCCCUUGGCCCUUGCACACUGGCGCGCCCAGCCCUCGGUGUGCCAGCACCGCGUGCUCAAAGCCGAGGUCGGCUCUGUGGAGAGCGUGGCCCAGGACGCCGCUAAGCAGAUCAACAAUGACUGGCAGGUGGGGCUGGACGUGAACCCCAAUCCCGCUAUCAACGCGCAUGUGACCAUAGCCGGGUCGCACUCGGAGGCAGCUGACUUUGCAGCCGAGAAAAUGUACCAGGACCAGUACAGCUUCAGCAAGGAUGAGGUGGAGUGUCGACUCUACAGCUGUAAACUAGUACACAAGCCCCCACUCCACCCUGAAUUCAAAAGGGCCCUCAGGUCCCUGCAGCCCGAAUUCAACCUGUCCACCGAGAGCGAAUACUUCAGGCUCAUCGCCAACUACGGCACCCACUUCAUCCAGUCCAUGACCCUAGGGGGCCGGAUCCUGACCCUCACGGCCCUGCGCACCUGCCAACUGGCCCUGCAGGGGCUCACGAGCCGCGAGGUGAACGACUGCCUGUCCCUGGAGGCCGCGGUCAGCAUAGGCGGCAAGGCCGCGACCUCAACGGCACUCAGGGACUGUGAGGAGAAGAAGAAGCACCACAAAAUAGAAUACUCCUUCCACGAGACCUUCCAGGAGCGAUACACCCACACAGUGGGAGGCCACCACAACACCACGCUGGACCUGCUGUUCGGGGAGGACACCGGGCCCGAGGCGUUCUCGCGGUGGGCAGACUCGCUGAGGGCCGCCCCGGGCCUCGUGGACUAUGCGCUGGAGCCGCUGCACGUGCUGCUGGGCGCUCAGGACCCGCACCGGGAGGCGCUGAGGCAGGCCGUCAGCAAGUACCUGCUGGACAAGGCACGCUGGAGCCAGUGCACGCGGCCUUGCCCCGGGGGGCACCACGAAGCCCGGGACCCGUGCCAGUGCGUGUGCCACAGCUUGGCGCUCACCACCCACGGCUGCUGCCCCCGCCACAAGGGCCUGGCCAACCUGAAGGUUAAGGACUUCCGGGCGAAGGGCCUGUGGGGAGACUGGCUCAGCGCCACGGACGCCUACGUGAAGGCCUUCAUCGGAGACAGGGAGCAGAGGACAGCCACGAUGUGGGAAAGCGACCACCCCAAAUGGCACGACACGCUGGAGUUCAAGGACGCGAGCCUGCUCACGGGCGGGCCCCUGAGGGUGGAGGUCUGGGACUCCGACAGCGGCGCGGACGAUGACCUCCUCGGCGGCUGCGACACGAGACCCAAGUCCGGUUUGCACGAGGUGAAGUGCAAACUGCACCACGGUCACCUGAACUUCGUCUACGAAGCCACGUGCCUGCACCACCUGUCGGGGGACAGCUGCCAGGACUAUGUCCCCCAGGGGCUCCUGGGGGAGCCCCCAGGGAACAGGAGCGGGCCGGUGUGGUGAGUGCAGCAGGCCG